CGCCCCGGCGGCCAUUAGUGCCGCGGCGCCCUGGCUGCGGGGGCGGGCGGUGCUGCGCUCCGCUCCGCUCGGCUCCGCUCGGCGCUGCCGCACCGCACGGCGGGGCGGGCGCUGCUGCUGCUGCUGCUGCUGCUGCUGCUCGGCCCGCGGCUGCUCAGCCCCGGCGGCACAAGGCGGAGCGGGAGGAGAGCGCCGGCGAGAGAGGCAGGCGUGGGACCCCGCGGCGGCGCUGCCGCGAUCGCCCCGCUCGGCUCCCCCAUGGCCGCGGGCUGCAGGGACGGCCCGGGGCAGGAGAAGUACCGGCUGGUGGUGGUGGGCGGCGGCGGCGUGGGCAAGUCGGCGCUCACCAUCCAGUUCAUCCAGUCCUACUUUGUCACGGAUUAUGACCCCACCAUUGAGGACUCCUACACCAAGCAAUGUGUGAUAGACGACAGAGCUGCACGCUUGGACAUUCUGGAUACAGCAGGACAAGAAGAAUUUGGAGCCAUGCGUGAGCAGUACAUGAGGACAGGGGAGGGUUUUCUGCUCGUUUUCUCAGUCACAGAUAGAGGAAGCUUUGAAGAAAUCUACAAGUUUCAGCGGCAGAUUCUUCGAGUGAAAGAUCGCGAUGAGUUUCCAAUGAUUCUCGUUGGUAAUAAAGCAGAUCUGGACCACCAAAGACAGGUGACACAAGAGGAAGGCCAGCAGCUGGCACGACAACUUAAAGUAGUAUACAUGGAAGCCUCAGCAAAAAUCAGAUUGAAUGUAGACCAAGCUUUUCAUGAACUUGUCAGAGUUAUAAGGAAAUUUCAGGAACAAGAGUGCCCUCCUUCACCAGAGCCAACACGGAAAGAAAAAGACAAGAAAGGCUGCCAUUGUGUUAUUUUCUGAGAAUCCCAAGAACCAAGCUAUCAACUGCCAGAUCAUUUUUUUUUUUUUCUUUCCAUCAUUUUACAUCACUUCUGGUAUUGGUCUAGCCUUACAUGUGCAUGUCCUAAAAGUGGUCACCAGAAUAGCCUUAGUCCAAGAAGCUGGCAGAAUAGUUCUUGAAGAAGACUCGGUCAUCCUGGGGCAGACUUCAAACCAAAACACUAAGGCUGCUUCUCUAAUACCACAGUUCCUUCCUUCUGUCCCUUCAGAGCUUGCACCUUGUGGAGUUUUAUUCGCAAAGGAGAUGAAACAAAACCGUGUAGGACGAGGUGUUGAAGUCAUGCAUAAGUUGUCUCUUGUGAAUUAAUUUAUUUUUACUUCUGACAUUUCAUUAGCUAUUACAGAGACCUAUAUUGGAGUAUAGAGAAUACUUUUUAAAAAAAGGGGUGGAUUGGCUUUUUGUUUUUUUUUGUUUCUGCCCUCAGUUAAAUUAGACUUGAGUAUUCAGCUAGCCUUAAGAAACCUACACUGAAUUUCAUUGUCAGCAAAAAUUUUCAUCUCUCAUUUAUGCUGCAGUUUUAUUUCGGUGGCCAAAACAUUCUACUGUAUUUAUUUUUUGAAUCCAGAACAGCUACAGGAUGAUUACUACUACUAUUAGGAUAUGGCCAAAUACCUGAGCUCAUUCUGGAUUGAGGCAUUUUCAGCUUAUUAAGAAAUUUCACAUUAUGUUUGGAAACAAAUUGUGUCUUCCUUUGUAUUUCUGGGUAAGGGAUUAAGGAAAACUAAAAUUGUAGCUGUUUUUGUUUCAUGUGAUAUAAAAACGAAUUUGAUCUUUCCAUUGUCAGAGAUGAUUAAAUGUUUUUGCUAUAUACUUUUAUACAUUAUUUUCUUAUCAAACUAGUUAACAAGUAUUUUUAUAUGUUUGUAAGCAAAUAUGCUUUCACAGCAUAACUUGUGUAUAUGUAAAGAUGAGUAUUUAAUUCUCACAGUUCACUUUUAACUGACAAAAUGUGGGAUUUGCCAAACUGUGGUAAAUUUCUCCUUACUCUCCUGGUUAUACCCAAGAAUGGCCAAUUAUGUGCCUGCCCAGCACACCUAUAGAGUAAAAUCUAGUGUUGUGUUUUAAUGAAUUUCAGUAUCCCUUACUAAAGACUGACCAUUAUGUGAAUUAUUAAACUGUAAGACUUUUAACUGAUUGUUUAGUUAAACUGUGGAUGGUUGUUUAAUUUUGAGUUCUGUGGAUUGUGUUUAAACAAUUCAAGAGUAUGGUCCCUGAUAUUGAAAUACUGAGUGGUAUUGCACAGUUGUCACCUUAACUGAAUGUGUCCAACAGUUCUUUGAAACUUGAUUAUUAAGCAAACCCUUGUAUAACUUCAGGUGCUAGAAUUAAAGAUGAUCUAACCAUU